AUGCAUGGCUAUCGAGUGACAACCAAUUAUGACUGGCUACCGUGGAAUAUAGAUUCUUCGAUACCUGUGCCUGAAGACUACACGGAUAUGCCUCUGCAACCGUUAGGAGACAAGCAAGCAUUCUAUGAAAACCACAUGCAAGGAUGUCGUGAAAGUAUGAAAGCUAAAGGUAGAUCCUGUAAAAGUUAUGAAAAUGCAAGAAUUGAUCGAUGUGUUCGGCAGCCAAGAGGUGUCCACAAUUACACCAAGAUUGGGUAUCACAAAAUGCGAGCUCCCGAGGGACUUUUUCAAAUCAUCAAAACCUUUUGGGAGACGAACAAAGAUAAGGAAGUGAUUGAAACUUGGGAUAGUGGUGACAUUGCCGUCAAUCAUUGGGAGUCGCCGACGUACCGAGUCCCACUGGAGGACACUUCAAUGGAAGGAGGAGGACCAAUCUUGAUGCAACAAGUAUAUGAUGGCAUCCGUGAUAUCAUGAGUGAAUGGACAGGCCAAUAUCAAGUUCCAAAUAGUGUCUAUGGAAUCCGAAUCUACAAACAAGGUGCUGUCUUGGCUCCUCACGUCGAUCGAUUGCCUUUGGUCAGUUCGGCGAUUAUCAAUGUGGAUCAAGAUCUCGACGAACCGUGGCCACUGGAAGUCAUUGGGCACGAUGGAUUGGCAACCAAUAUUACCAUGGAACCAGGGGAUCUGGUUUUGUACGAGUCACAUUCUAUCAUUCAUGGCCGUCAAUUUCCAUUGAAAGGAAGUUACAUGGCCAAUCUAUUCAUACAUUUUGAACCGAUUGGUCCGAUCGGCACGGAAGUAAAUCCCAACUUGGAUCUUCCAAUCUACAUUGUAAAAGGUUCCGAGAUCGAGAUUCAGUGGCAACUCCUGAACCGAGGUAUUGUCUACAAUAUAUUUGAUAACAACCGAGUACCAACUAGCAAGAUUCACGAAAAAGCCCGACAGGGGAAUACCAAAGGGGUGACGCGGAUCCUGGACCAAGCCCAUGAAAGUGUCUUCUUUCGUGAUAUAAAUGGACGGACGCCUCUGCACGAGGCCGUGCAAAGUGGAAAUGUCAACACAAUAAGCGUCAUUUUGUCACAUGCUAAAAAGGAAAAAGGCUACAUCAAUCAACGAACGAAACAGCUGGGCAAGGUCGGGGCUGGGGGUAGUGCACUUUAUUAUGCUGUGAAGUUUCAUGGAUUUGGCCAUCCAAUGGUGGAACUCUUGAAACAGAACGGUGCGAAAUCAAUUCCACCAGAGUCGACAUUGAGUUCAGAGCUUUGA